AUGAGCUUUUUAGAAAUUAAUGAUUGUAAUAAUUUAUAUCAAAUAAUUGGUUGUUCUAAAAACGCCACAGUAAGUUGUAUGAGAACUUUUAAAAAUAAUUUUUUUCCUUUAAACAAGUCUGAUCAAAUUUUGGUUGAAUAUAAACAAAAAGCUCUUUUGUUACAUCCAGACAAAAUUAAAAACAAAAAUAUAUCUGAAGAUGAAAUUAAAGAAAAUUUUCAAAAAUUACAAUUUGCAAAGGAUAUUUUAACAAAUCCACAAAAACGGAAGCAUUAUGACCUUUGGAUGGAUGUUGGUUUUUCAGAAUUUUCUCUUCAAGAAUGGAUGAAUAAUCAAGAAAAAUUACAACAAACUUUGCAUUGGGGACAACAAAAAGAAAAAGGAAAAUUAACGGGAAUAUCAACAGAAUGUAAAGAUAGAGGAAAUGAAUCAUGGAAGGGAUGUAAUUCACCUACUUCAAGGGCUUUUAGAGAAUAUAAAAUAUAGAAA